CGCCGUGGCGGCACAGCACAGGCACACGCACCCUGCCCCGCCCUGCACACGUACAUAGCGAGCGAGCGCAGAGAAGUUAUUCAUGGCCUCCAGCUCCGACGAGGGCAGCGGCAGCGGUCGCCGGCCGCUCGUGUUCGACGAGCUCCGGUGGGUGGUGCAGAUCCGGGAGUCCCUGACGGAGGACGCCGACGACGAGGACGACAACGGCAUCCCGGUGUCGGUGUUCAACGUGCCCAAGCAGCUGCUGGUGCACAAGCCUGAGGCGUACGUGCCCCAGUUCAUCGCCAUCGGCCCCUACCACCACUGGCGUCCCGAGCUGUACGAGAUGGAGCGCUACAAGCUCGCCUCCGCCCGUCGCGCGCAGCGCCGCCUCCGCCCAGCAGGCCUCAAGCUCGACGCCCUCGUCGCCCAAUUCGCCGACCGCCUCGAGCGCAAGAUCCGCGCCUACUACCACCGCUACCUCGACUUCAGCGGCGAGACGCUCUCCUGGAUGAUGGUCGUCGACGGCGCCUUCCUCCUCGAGUUCUUGCAGAUCUACGCCUCCGCCGCUGAUGAUGGUAGUGGCAAGCCGGCGCUGCGGAGGGUGUCGUCGAGGAUGGCGCACCUGGUGGACUUUGCAGGGAGGAAGUCGGCCCACGGGCUGAUACUCCGGGACAUGCUCAUGCUGGAGAACCAGAUCCCGCUGUUUCUUCUUCGCAAGAUCCUCGAGCCGCAGUGCGCGUCGCAGGAGGAGGCCGGCGCUGUUCUCGCGAGUAUGGUCACCGGGUUCACGAAGGAGCUCUUCCCGUUCAAGAUGAUCGACGGUGACUUCCCGGCGGUCGACGUCGCUAAGCACGCGCACCUGCUCGAGCUGCUUUACUACCUGAUAGUGCCCAAGCCAACCGAGGACGACGCGGCGGAGGCACACGACCACGACGAGAGCUACGACAUCGAGGAGCAGCCGGAGAACGGCGGCGGCAGCGGAGGUGACGAGAAAGCGUCCGGUGGUGGCGGCGAGUACGUCGCGCAGCUGUUCGCCGCGUUGUGGGGCGUGGCGUCGAAGAUAGGGAGAGGCCCUCUCCACCUCAUAAUGAAGCCGAUCGCGUUCGCGGUGAAGGCGCCGUGGAAGAUGCUCACGGUCGUGCCCGGGAUGUCCGGGAUAAAGCACCCCGUCGAGUCGUUCUUCAUGUCCGGCGCCGACGGUAGUGUCGACCCGUCAUCCACGUCGUCCAACCUGAGCCGGCCGCCGCUGAUCGAGGAAAUCAUGGUCCCGUCGGUCACCGAGCUAGUCAACGCCGGCGUGCAGGUAGCCGCCACAACCGGUGGCCUCUCGAGCAUCAGCUUCGACUGCAAGACGGCGACGCUGCACCUCCCGGUGGUGACCGUCGACAGCAACACGGAGGUGAUGGUCCGGAACCUCGUCGCCUACGAGUCUUCGGCGGCGUCCGGCCCGUUGGUGCUCACCCGGUACACGGAGCUGAUGAACGGCAUCAUCGACGGCGACGGGGACGUGGCCCUGCUGCGGAAGCGCGGCGUGGUGCUGAACCGGAUGAAGAGCGAUGGCGAGGUGACGAAGCUAUGGAACGGGAUGAGCAAGUCGACGCGGCUGACGAAGGUCCGGGCGGUGGACAUGGCGGUGGAGGAGAUGAACCGGUACUACAACGGCCGGUGGCGCGUGAAGACGAAGCGGUUCUUGAGGAAGUACGUGUUCAACUCGUGGCAGCUGCUCACCUUCCUCGCCGCCAUCAUGAUGCUGAUGCUCACCACGCUACAGGCCUUCUGCUCCGUCUAUACCUGCUCCCGGUGGUUCGGCGCCGUCACCGUCUCGGCGGCGACGGGAGAAUGAUUUAAGUAAAAUCGACCCGUUGCAUUUCUGGUUUCGGCUACGCGACACUAAUAUGCAUGUGUUUGCAAGGUUUGACUUCCAGUGGAUCGAGUAGUUGUGCAAUUUACAAUUUUUUUGGGUGUGGAAUCUGGCCAUGCCAUUGCUUUGGGAACAUACUUUUUUUUUUCUUAACUGUUUGGGAACAUACUUGUGGUUAUCAUAAAAAUGGGUGUUAUUCUAACAUAAUAUAUUCUGGGGGUGUACGGUGUACCUUCUUUUUUGA